AGUACGUUUAUAGUCACAAAUCGUCAGCCUAGUGCGUACACCCGUAGUAGGGAUGCGCCGCCGCCUCUUCGGCAUCCUUCUCCUAUAACCUCUUCGGCAUUAUAGUUUCCGCCCCAUCCUCCGACUCACCGCCGUCGUACCCUCCGACCGUGCCCGCCCGCAAUUCGACUCGGCGGGCAGCCCUUCUCCCACUCGUCGUUUUUUCAUUCCAUCUCUCUCGCGCGCACGUCUCUUCCCGCCGCGCAUCCCUUCUCACUCGCACCGCGUUCCCUCCCACCGACGCCGCUGCUAUUCAGGGGGGGGAGACGUCCGACGCACGCACAUCCAUCCGAAAGACCCUCUUUUUUUACACGGCGACCAUCGACGACAAUGUCCUCUACACCGCACGACCUGCAGCUGUUCAUUUUACAAUAAUCAUAAUAUUAUUAUUUUUCUUUGUUUUUUUUUAAAAAUCUCAUCCUUCUCCUGGUUUUUCUUUUCGACGUGCGGCCGUGCGGGUCGACUGUAGUUUUAUUUAUUUCCUUCUUGUUAGUCUUAGCCAUUCGCCUUUUGUCCGUCUCAGAUGCCUCCGGUCGUCGUCGUUUACGUGUACCGAUUGAUAAUUUCGCACGUAGCGUUUAGUGUUCAUUAGUUUGUAAGCCGCCGUCACCGUUCCAGUGUUCUCGUACGCGCUGUUACUCGUCCACACACGCGUGCAAUCGAAUUCACUCACACGCGCGCCUCUCGCGCACACACACACGCACCGUCUGCUGUUAUCUCAGGUCUAUUCAGUUUUUUCAAAAAUUGCUUUAUAUUGACCCAAAUUACCAACGGGCCAAUGAAGUACAUCUUAGGUUGGGUUUGAUGUACAAAGUGUUUAAUGAGUGGGAAACAGCAUUAAAACAUUUAAAACACGCUUAUUCGGAUGUUAGUUUAAGCACAUUUUCCAAACUUGAAAUAAGCUUCCAUAUUGCACAUUUAUAUGAAGUACAAGGGAAGUACAAGUUGGCCAAAGAUCAUUAUGAACAACUUUUAAAUGAUUCAAAAAUUACUGUUCAUCUACGUGCCGAUAUUUGUAGACAGUUAGGAUGGAUGUACCACAGUUGUGAAUGUCUAGGGGAUAAAAAUCACCGUGAAACUGUUGCUAUUCAAUAUUUACAAAAAUCUAUUGAAGCUGAUAACAAAUCAGGACAGUCUCUUUAUUUAUUAGGACGUUGUUAUGCAAGUGUCGGGAAAGUUCAUGAUGCAUUUAUAGCAUACCGUAAUUCUGUUGAAAAAUCUGAAGGAAAUGCAGACACAUGGUGUUCCAUUGG